AGACAAAUAGCCAAAGAUGAGAUUGGAGGCUUGAUCGGUUUGAGGGAUCCAAUAUGGUUUGACAAGGAGCCAAAGACGGAGAGCUAGUGAACAGACAUGUCAGCUACCAACACCAAAGCUACGAGCUUGGCUCUUCUCCUGGUUCUGAUCACCUCUGGCUCUGUGCACCAGUUGCUGCGGUGCCAGCUCCAGCUUGCGGUGGCAGCAGCGUCGCCGUCGCCGUCGCCGUCGUCGCGUAGAAAGAUCAUAAGCAAAGACGUCCACGACAAGACGGUCAGCUUCACCCUGUACCAGCAGGAGACCAUGAACAGGACCGGCUACGUCGUCGUCCCCGGGGUCGACGCCGCCGCCCCCGCCGCCGCGGGAGUCAGAGACGCCGGGGAGCCCUCCGAGGACAGGUGGCCCUUCGGCAGCAUGUACGUCUUCCGCGACAACCUGACGGUGCGCGCCGACAGCUCCUCCCGGGUGGCCGGCGUGGCGGAGGGAAGCUCCAUCUCCACGAGCUUCGACGGCGAGGACGGCCGGAGGAGCCUGUCGCUGGCCAAGAUCACGGUCCGCCACCGUGGCUACCGGGGCUCCGUGUCAGUCCUCGGGGGCACGCGCAACAUCACUCAGCCAUCAGUCUACCCGGUGGUCGGUGGCACCGGCGACUUCGCCUACGCCGUGGGCUACGUCCGGUCGUCGCCGGUGCGCUCGCGUGGACCGUCGACGCAGACGUACAAGAUGGAGCUUCGCUUGUACUGGCCGCCGCACGCCUAUUACGCUCCAGUUCCGUAGUAACAAACCAUCGAUCGGUGUAUUUUGGUAUUUAGGUUUUUAAUUUGCACAUGAAAAAUAAUAAUGAGAUGGAACAAGGAAUAUUACAGUGUGGCUAUCCAAUAUGGUUUGCAUAUGAAAA